ACGACUUUUUGGGAUUGUGUGUGUAGAGUACGUGUUUUAGCUCGUCGUAAACAGAAUUUGGAACGAAGAAUUUAGUCGGUGUUUUCUGCUGAAUUCCGCGUGAACGUGACGUUUAUAUGACAAAGGAUUAAAGUGCUGUUGCACAUGAGAUAAGUUGGACUAACAAGGGCUAACAUUUUGUUUUGCACGUUGCAAAAGGGGGUUCACCCCUCCAGCGGGAAUGGUUCCAUCUCCAUGAUUGCACUCGGGAGAGAAAGACGCUGGCAACAGAGUCUGUCCAUGUGUGUGAUGGGACUUAAGACUUGAAGCACCACCGCCUGAUACAAGUAGACCUUCCUCAUCCAUUAUGGAGCAUCCACCAGCAGGAAGUAACCAUCUCACCUCGCCCCCUUACGCCCAGCCGUAUCAUCCAGUCCAGCAGCCGUACGGGCGAGGAGAACAAGAGUACAGUGGGUACCCGCAGAAAAUGAGCGACCCGUAUUAUAGUUCUCAGCGUUCCAGCUCCACCACCCCGAUCUACCCAACGCCACUACCAGCACUCAUCGAACCCGGUCAGAAUUUCGCUUCGGGGAGUCAGGAUGGACCUAAGCUGAGUGGACAGCAGUUUGGAAUGACCAGUCCGGCGUACGGACGAGGGAGCACCGAGAUGGGUCCAAUGAUGAGGGCCUUGACAGAGGACGAUAUGUUCAUGCCACAACCCCCUGAAUAUCGCUCCCCAAUGCAAAGUGUUAGCACAUCGUAUGGACAGACCAUGGGUUAUACAUCUCCCGAUGGAUCAAGAGGGGCGUAUGGCUCUGGACAAUACCCAAGCCCGUUCAGUCCUGGCCACAGUCCCAGGACGUCUCAGAUGUACCCGAUGCGCGGUCAUCCCAUGUCACCUCAUGAUAGUAGCUUUGCGUCAAGCGCAUCGCAAUUUCACCGACAGACUAGCCAAAGUCCACACAUGAAUAUGGUAAGCCCGACCGGUCAGAACUCUGUGUUUAAUAGGGCAUCGGGUGUAACAGCGCCCUCGCCUGUUGGAAUGCAGGGUCAGAGUAUGUACUCGCACAGUCCAGGUUCGUCGCAGGGUGGGAGAAGCAACACCCAUUUUCCAUUUUGUACCUCGCCCGGGAGCCAGCAUACUUCUCCGCUACCUUCCCCCAGCAGUCUUCGCUCUCCGGGGAUCACCCACAGCCCGCACAACCUCGCGACCGCCUCACCGGGUCCAUUCAAUAAUCCGUCCAAUCCUAGCCCAGUAAACGUACCGCGACCAAUCAAAUCCCCCGUGGCAGCAUUCCAAACUCCGGCUGCAGUCACUCAGUCGGGGCAUCCCCUCAUGUCCAAAGUGAGACCCGUCGACAACGGUGACAAAAGCUUUGGCGGAACCCCUUAUGUAGAACUUGUGCACACGAGAAACGACUUGCAAAACAAGAGUCACGCUACAACUAGAGAGGGGUCCCCGGACAACCCUUAUCCAAAGAAAAAGGAAGAUAAAUGCAGCAGUGGAUCCUUGCCAAAGCUUGAGGAGAUGGUUGCAUUCCUCGGGGAGUCGACAACCAAGGGUAUCUUAACUCCCAAAGAUAACGGGACACCAGAUGAAAACAGUGACGGUGUGUCAAAGGAUAAAAACACUGAAGUGAACAGACAUUCUGAGGGUGUAAAAUCAAACGGGGAGAGGCAACCCCCAAGUGGCACGGUUCACACCGGGAGUGUUGAAUCUGCGCAGAGACAAGACAUCUCAGAUGCCAAACAACAAAUAAUCAUCCAAGAAACCAACAGGUGCUCUCAUGGUAAUGGAAGCCCUUCCCCUGGGGAGCAUAAAUUCACCAAAGGGGAUAUGAGAGGUGACAGUCCGAUUACGCACAGGGCUAACGGAGAUGUCAGCGACAGAAAUCUGAGCAUAACGCGGCACCGAGAGAGGUCCCCUAAAGGAGGACACAGCAAACAGAAUGCUUUCCGCAAUCAGAACGGACCAGUGAACGAUUCCAUCUGUCCAACACUGGCCAUGAACAGUUCCUUGGACUCCAUGGGCAGAAGGACCCAAUCGCCACAGAGUCUAAAAGUCGGUAAUGACAUACUACAGGUUGAUAAGAACUCAAUGAGUGUCAACAACCAGCUCAAGCGGAAGUUUUCAGAAUCGCGGAACGAUAUUUACCACAACAAUGCCUUUUCUGAUUAUCCAAGGAAUGGCGGGCAAAGUGUCACUGCUUAUCCGCUAACAUACACGCCUACCAAUGGUAAUGGUAAGGAUCAGUAUCGGCCAAAUAGUCCAAGAAGCUCAAAGUCCCCCGGCAGGAAAAGCAAGGAGGACUUUGGUGAGGGCAAUUCCCGUAAAGUACUAAAAACCUACAGUGGCAAGAAGAAACGGACAAGUGUUGACAAGCAGGGGAAUGCCAUUGUCUUACCGAGUCCGCUGCUUCCAUUGUCGAUGACGGACCCACCCAAACCAAAGGAGGAGAAGCAUAGCGACCCUGAAGAGCCAGUCCUGAAUGACCAGACCAAGGACACUCCGGUGGAAAGUCCUCAAACGUCAACGACAGAGACGACAACUGCAUCCCGAAGUGUCACACCAUCCUUCCAGAAUCCAAUGACCACUCCCUCCAGUCAGCGAUCCACCCCCGACAAACCAGUGACGCCGAACUCUCAAGAUGCUAGACCCAGUACCCCAGUCAGUCAGAUCACAACGGAAGAGCCGACCACGCCAAACUCUAGCAGCAAGAAACGGGGUAGACCCGUCGGUAGCAAAAACCGACCUAAGAAAGAAGGUGAAGUUUCUAAACCAAGAAAGAAACCAGCCAAAAAGAACUUUGAGCUAAGCUUAGAUGAAAAAGAUGAACUCGGAAAAUUCAAACAUGUCAAACAAUUAGUGAAAACCAGAAACGCUGACUCCCCUCAGCCAUUAAAAGCAGCAAUUCGUGGUCCAGUCCUAAGAUUUUCAGGCACUCGUAGUGAUCCGAUCUCCAGUAAAGUUGUGAACAAUCCUGAUGCAUUAGCAGCGACCGCAAAUGCACCUGUUAAAAAGCGCGGACAGAAAGCAAGUAAAGUGACGGGUAAAAGCAGCAAUGUUGUCAGCCGUGCUCCACUCGGGCCUGCCACAAAACACUCCUCCUUAGUGAACAAUCCAGGUGGGCCAUGGUUGUGUGUACUGUGCGGGAAGCCCGCCAACCACGACUCCCUGGGGGACCUGUAUGGCCCCUACUACCCCCCUGGCUAUCAAAUCCCCGCCCCAACCCCAAACCCACAGAGUACUACAGGAAAAGCCAAAAGUGCUGUCGCUGCGGCUGCAACCAAGAAGCAGCUUCAGCAAGCCAGAUCUCGCCAGAAGGGCAAGUUAAAAGCCACAUCUCCACCGCCACAAGCUACUCUGACGACAAAGGCCACCAGAGGGAAAGCUUCCUGCGUUAACGCCAAUGCAAGAACUCAUAAAUAUUCGACCGACGCUGAAUAUCUCAUGUUAUUAGAUCAGCCGACCACUUCCUCGGGGAGAGUGUCCAAAACGCCGAAGAGGAUGACCCUUGAAAUUCAGAAGCUACGAAUAACUCCAAAGAGUGGAGGAGGAAGGAAGAGGAAGACAAGUGAGCAUGAAGAUAGGGGGAAGAGAAAGACAAUUGAGCUUGCAGAUAGGGGACUGUGUGACCCUAAUGAGUACUGGGUACAUGAGGAUUGUGUUAUAUGGACACAAGGGGUGUAUGUGGUAGGAGGGACGUUAUACGGUCUGGCUGAAGCAACCAAAGCUACACAAUCAGUGGAGUGUGUGGAGUGCAAGGACAAGGGUGCAUCUCUGGGCUGUUUAAGCAAAGGCUGUAAGAAGACCUAUCAUUAUGUCUGUGCUGUACAAGCUGAUUGCCAACUACAAGUGGACAACUACUCAAUGAUAUGUCCGCAGCAUAAGGAUAAAGUUGUGAAAAUGAAGGACUUGACGUGAUACACAGUGACCAGAGGAUAAAACUUUGUACAGUAUUUCAACGCGUUGACCUGGUGCCAAGCUUGGAGUUGGUGAUGUCUGCCAGAGACUUGAACCUUUAACCUUUAACCUUUCGCUGACCUCCAGGCUGUAAGAGUUGACCUUGAUGUGGGGUCAGUUACUGUUGGCCCACCCUGCGGGGUCAGUAAGCUGUAUUUAAGAACAGGAUAUCCUUUUUCACUGGUACUCUGUCAUGAUGGGCUUCAAUGCAUUGAGUUUGGGAAGUGGUCCCUACUGAUAGCCUUGUUCAUAAAACUUGUAAAAAAAAGUUGUUUAAUGUCUUCAUUUUUUCAAACAGUGUUUCAUGAAAAGUUUAAAAAAGAAAAAUGAUUCGUUACAUUUAAUCUAUUCUAGAUCUGUGAAUAACUGUUAGCUUCUUUCCUGUGUGUGUGGUUUUGGUUUUUUUAAUUUUUUAUUUAUUUUGUUGUUGGUAGAGUCAGUCAUAGCAGAGUACAUUUUAGCAGCAGACUUUCUGAGGUGUGAUUUGAUUUAGUGCCAACAGCAAGCAAUGCCCAGGUUCCAUUUCAUUUCCAAUUUCAACACAAAGUACCUGAUGACUGAUCUGACCUUUAUGGUUUGAGUAGUCAACGAAUCUCAUUCCAAGUGUCAACGAUUCACAACAAUUUUUUCUAUAAAAAAUGUAGUGAACCUUGUGAACACACAUCUUGAAAAGUCUAACAACUUAAGACAGGUUCAAGUGAGGGACUCAAGUCGACCAUUGGGCAAUUUUGCGUGGUACCCAGGGUAUUGCAUGCGUAGGUAACCAUGGUAUAUUGACUAGUGAUUGACAAAUUGUCGCCGCUCGAACUUGAACAUUGUUGAAGAUUUUGUUAGUGACAAUUUUGUUUUUCCCCUGAAGUUAUUUCUUGUUAUUUCGUGUUAACUUCCAUUGUUGUUGCGUUUACAUGCAACUUUCUUAUGCCAGCCAAAGAAAUGCAAGUAUUUAAGCUGACCACCUCCUCCUCCCUUCCAAAGGCAGUCAAAUUAUUCACUCUGAAAAAGACCACCGCUGUAAAAACCCACCCGGGUACACUAUGCGUAAUGUGUGUAAUCACAUCACUCCACACGACGCCCUAUGCAGAGGCCUCCGCAUGCAGAUAUAGUGGUACGAGUGAGGAUGACUUGUGCGCAGUAGUCGUACAGCGGGUGUUGGGCGAUCUGACCGUGUGUACGGGUGGGUCGUGCGGUGUGAUUACACACACACUACGCACAGUGUAUACGGGUGGGUUUACAACAGCGUCUUUUUCAGAGUAAAUAAUGCGACUGCCUUGAGCAAGGCUAGUUUUAUAGAAGUAUUUAAAAUUAGCUUCAAAUGUCUGUUUGAGCCUGUCGAAAGAAAUUGCGCUGGAUCAGAUUCUGACAGAUUCUGACUCUUUCUGCUUGUUGCGAAUAAAAAGAUGCAACCAAUGAUUGAUUUCAGAUGGCAGGCCUACAAUUUUAUCUUACGAGGUGGCAAGGAAAUGCAAAGAGCAUUUUCAUUUGAAAACCAUAAACCUAUGACAGAAAACCUUUUUUAGGGGCAGCAUGGCCAAGACCAAGGCAACGGAUAUCGUUGCCUCUGUGCCCCCUCUGCGGAUUGCAUGUAAUUUCAGGCCUCCAAUGGUGAAUCUACAUGUACAAGCUAAAUGGGACUUUCAAAGUAUCAGACUCUGUUUAAGUUCAAGUUACGCCUCCUCAGAUAGAAACAUUUUGAAACAGUUUGUUCAGCUGGAUCCUUGAGUACUGGUUUGGAAAUCAGUCAGGCUUCAUGUUUAAACAAAAUGGUUUACUGCCUAUCGUAGUCAGGUUAAGAUAGGUUUGGACUUUGCACAGAAAACUGUCCCUUGAAAAAACUGUGGCAUCAGAGUGUUUUUUAUAUUUCUUUUACAGUUAGAAACUUUCUUUUAGGUACUUGUAAGAAAAGAAAGAAGAAAAAAAAAGAAUACUUAUAAAUGAAGAGCGGUGUAUAUUUAAUGAUUGUUGUAAACAAUAAGUGGUGUUUGUGGUUUUGUUUGUUGAUGCAGAUUAUGUGUACGUGCCAUAAUAUGUUUUACAUGGUAGUGUACAUAGGGGUAGAACACAGAGAGAGAAGUGCCAUAUUAACAGGGUAUACUGUUUACCCGCAUCGGGAGUUGAAGGUACCAAUAGACCCUAUGCAUAAUGCGCAGUGCACAUACAUGUACACGCGCAUCUCCUGUCUGCUAUUUCGGGUGUCAAAACGUGCACAAAAGGAAUGGACUCCCCCAAAGAGACAGAAAUGCUUGAUGCGCAUUGCUCGAAGGUGGG